UAUUUUCUGGGCUUCUCCACGAAAGCGCUUACCCUUCACAACUCCGCCCUGUUGAAUAGGGCUUUUCUGAUCCAAUCACGUCGGAGACCGAAGCUCGAGACGAAGCAAAAAUACGGCGGGAAACGAAAUUCCCAGCCUCCGCCUACACUGGGUUAUUACUGUGUCGAUGAGCUAAAGCAAUGCAACGUCCAGGGCUCAGUCACCACCUAUCGAGUCUGGCUCCUCCGAGCUCUACCCGUGCCGUACAAAUGGUGA